GCUGUGCUGUCAAAGUCCUUCCUCCCACCGGCGCCAUGGCCUUCUUUUUCGGCCUAGGCGGCUUGUUUUAUGUAUCUGUCCUCCUCGUAAAUGCGAUCGCAAUUCUCUCAGAAGACCGCUUCUUGGCGCGCAUUGGAUGGACGUCUGGCUCAGACCCCGGCUUCGGCGGCAUGCAGGAGAAUAGCGUGAAGGCAAAGAUGGUGAACCUGGUGUCUUCGGUGCGGACGUUGAUGAGGAUACCGCUGAUCGUCAUAAAUACACUGAUCAUAUUCUACGAGUUGAUUUUGGGAUGAGCCAAAUCGAGUCGAAAGGACCAUCGCAUUCUCGUGGAAAAACAACCGCCCGAACAAGUACCGCGCUCGCCUGCCCCGUCUCGAUUACUACGACAUGCAGAGACGCUGAGAAGAGAUCCUGUCAAGCAAGGCGAAGUAGGAUGCCCAGCAAUUACCAGUUGCGGGCAUGCUGUCGGCCACAUCCCGGGUUUGCGAUGGUCACAGGGGAGGUCCGAAAGUCCAUGACAUUGAUGUAAGAUAACAGGAUAGCCCUAAGAGGCAUGAUGGUGUUACGUUCAAAAUGUGUAUACUACAGAAUGGAUAUCUGAUUUGACACUAUGAGCAAUGCUAUCUACUGAAUCUACUUUGUAUGCAUAUGCAUAAAGCAAUAAAUU